UUAGUUUCAAAAUGGUCAGUUAGCUGUUACACAUCGUUCGCUUACGACACAUCGAAUACGUAAAACUGCCUUGGACUAGAUUGCGGAAUUUUAUGUCCAUUGAGGUUGUUUUAGAAAAGCUAGUGACGGUUUUGACAUGCUAAUACGUUUCGACAAACAAACCAAAAAAGUGGACAAGGUGAAAAUGCUGGUGUUAUUAAAAAAAGCGUUUUGAUAAUUUCUGUAAACCAAUUUAUUUAUGUGUUUCAUGAUGAUCAUUACACCACAUUACAAAGUGAUCAAUGGUCAUCUAACCAUUUGAUUGCGUUUUGAAUGAAAAAAAGUUACAAUCAACUUGAUAGGAAUAUAAUUCUCUCAAAUUGAAGAAAACAAUUCAUAAAUUGUUGGACAAAGCUAUUCGUUCGGUAAAUUCAAAUAGUACAAUAGCUUGUACACUUGUUACGACUUGGAUCAGUUUCAUAUCACCCUGGCAAUGCAAGAGGUUUGCAAUUCUCUCGAACACAUGGGUGCGCAAAUUAAAUCUGAAUCUCCGGCGAUCGGUUCGCUUCAUGUCGGAACAGCAGUCGUGGUUGGAAGUGAAACAGAUAUAACCAAUGCUCAGCAAGUUUCACUUACCACAAACCAGCAGCAGCAAACCAUCAUCGCAGGUAGCACUCAAUUAAUCGGCCGAAAACAAGUGAUCUGUGAUAAAACAACACGAGUUGCCACCCAGUUAUCCGUUAUAACUUCCGUAGAACCCCUCGGCGCUCAAGCUGCUACGCAGCAGCAGCCACAUCAGCAGCAACGUAUCGCGGACACAUCUUAUUGGAUGCAAAACGAAAGUGGUUUUAUCAACUCACAACCCUCAAUGGCUGAAUUUUUGACACAUAUCGAUAGCGAGAGUCCCAAACUUGUUACGCAAGGAAUUCCAAUUGGACCCAGUGAUAACAUGGAGUCCGUACCAGAGUAUCCCUGGAUGAAGGAAAAAAAAACAGCACGCAAAGCGACUGCACAAGCUGAGUUUGUUGCAGAAAAUGGCUUGCCACGACGAUUACGCACAGCGUACACCAACACGCAACUACUUGAGCUCGAGAAAGAGUUUCACUUCAACAAAUAUCUUUGUCGGCCACGGAGAAUUGAAAUAGCAGCUAGUCUUGAUUUAACAGAAAGACAGGUCAAAGUGUGGUUUCAAAAUCGGCGAAUGAAGCACAAACGACAAACACUUUCCAAAACUGAUGAUGACGAAUCUGGAAAGGACGAUCUCAAGGAUUCCAACUCAAAAAAAUCUUGUCAAGGAUGUGAGCUGCCCUCGGACGACAUACCAGAUUCGACCUCCAGUUCACGGGGCAUGAACAAUAAUACUCCCAACACUGUUAUGACACCGAAUUCCACCAUCGAUAUAAGCACUCCGACUGGUGGUGGUGGAAGCACGAGUGGCGGAACCAACGCAGUCAGUGCUGAUUCAAGUGUAGCCUCCACGGAUAGCAUCGAUGAGGAGGAUGAUGUACACGCCAAAGUUAAGAAAAAAUCUGACGCGAUAAAGAAAGAAUCGGUUAGCUCAACUAAAGUUAGUAAUAGCAAUUCUUUCAAAAGCUACGAUAACUCUGGCUACCCAAAAGAUAAUGGGCUGAUAUCUGGUCCCCCAUCAGCAGCAAUACCUAUUCCGCACAGUCCAGUUUCUUCUUCAGCCAUUUCUCCGACCAACAAUAUAAAUAGCAACAAUAACAACAGUAACAACAACAAUAAUCUUCAGUUAUACUAUAAUCAUCCCAAUCAUUCGUACGGAGUCAUAAAACAUAAAUGUCCACCUGGACCAGUCAUUGGCCAUGAAAUUGAAGGAUCGCCUGCAACUACGGGACCUUCUGCUGGAGGAAUUUAUUUCAAUAAUAAGCAACAGGAAUAUUUUAGUAAAACGGAAUGUGGGUUGCACUAUCAACCAUCAUAUCAGCAUUAUCAGAAAACAGUCGUGCCCCCUGGAGCAAUUUAUACCAAUACCCAACACAUACUCAAUGAUAGCUACCAGGGUGCACAGAAAAUAGAUUACAAUCCCGCUCAGAGUUUAAAGGGUUUUAGCACUAAGCCCUUAGUACAAGAUAAUUCCCAAAAGUUGCACCACCAACAACAAAUGCAAAAUGAUCCAACGUUCCAGUCACAGAAUCAACCUUUUUAUAACAGCUGCGAUACAGGCCAUAACGGCGCCGGCCAAUAUGUUCCAAGUGGACAGCAUUACUAUUCGAAUGAUUAUGAUCCACAGCACGAGUUUGGUGGUGGGACAGGCUACUAUGAACAUACCAAGAUGAGUUUAGUUGGACAAAAUCACUACUACGACAGCAUGGGUUCCUUUCAACAUAAUACUGUAGCUUCUAACAAUAACAUGGAGUAUCAAGGCAAUGCACCGUACGCUGGUAUUGAUGCUGCACUACCAGGUGGAAUAGGCAAUGAAUCCUGUGAAUCCUAUGCCUUCCAUCAAUCGUCCCACCUAGCUAGUGCAUAUUAUGAACAACAACAUCAACAUCAACAGCACCAAUCGCAGCAAAAUCACCACCACCAGCACGCUUUUCAACAUCACAGCAUUCAGCAAUUACAAGUUUUCCCUCAUCAACAGCAAACGCAUUCAAACCCUACCGGAGUAUCUGGUGUGAAUAACGCUACUGUAGCCAAGACAACAACCCAUAUCGAAAACCAUCACGAUAUUACCACAGGCGAGCAUUGCUCGUUCAACGGCUGUCCACCAGGUAGCAGCACUAGUACAACUCAAUCAAAAGCAGCCGCUAUGGUUAGCAUGGACAAUUCCAAUUCGUCUGAUUUCAAUUUUCUCAGCAAUCUAGCGAAUGAUUUCGCUCCAGAAUAUUAUCAACUCAGCUAAUUGUUAAUUUAAUUGUUUUCAAUAGUCUCCUGAUUUUAGUUCUUUUAUGCUAGAAAAUACACUUGAUUUGCCGAGUCAUAUUCACAGUUCUUCUUUUUCCACGUACAGCAACCCGUCAAUUAUGCUUGGUGCUUUACCGGGGGUUCCAGGUGUUGCUCAAAUACGACUGAUACAUCAAUUUGCUGCUUUGAUUGUUCUCGAUAUUUGUUAUUGUACUUAUUAAGUUUAUCUAUUUUAUUCACAAAUAGGAAAGGCUGUGACACAGUACACCUAUGAUUUUGAUAAGUUAGGAAUACAAUUUUUGUAUCGUAAUGUCGUAAAAAUAAUAAUGUCUUUGGUAGUUCUUGUCGAUGCUGAUUUGUAAUUCAUUUAACGACGAGGAAAUUAAUUUUUAUUUUAUUUUAAACGGUUGAGUCAUUCGCUAAAUGAAGUUAACAUAAUCUAAAACACAAUAAACACGGCAAUAAAAGGUCUUAUGUGUUACAUACCACAUUAUUAUAAAUAAUAUUUUACCCACUUUAGUAAGUAAACCUAUUUUAAAGACCCAGUUAAUCUGCCCUGGUUAAUCCAGCUGAUGUUGGCUAAAAGUUUAUCCAGAUAGUACGGCGAUCUGUUGUACAGUAUUUUUUGUGUCAUCCUUUAUAUGAAUAAAUAUUUAGCUUUUUAUUCUAAAACCUUCGUGUACACAUGUAUUGUAAAAUCUAUGUGGCUAGAAGCCAUUCUUGAUCACGCGGAUUUUGAUAUUAUACCUAUGGAAAAAAGUGAUGCUGUUAUAAGACCAUACAUACACAGUUUAGACCAAGUAAUACCUUAAGAAAUAAUAAAAAUAUGAAUCCUUCAUUACAACGAUAGGGGGAAAAAGUAAAAUAUAUUAAUCGUUACAAUGCAAAUAUAUGCCUGUAUAUUCAUAAAAGUUCUAUGUACAAAUUCUAGCCGGCAGCUAUAGGUAAUUCUUAAAAUCGUACAUGCAAAGCAAAAUGUUAAAUAAAUUAACAUUGACUAUUUAUUA